CGGAUGCGUGUGGGACGUGGGAUUGAAUUUGAUCCAACGACCACGAGGUAUCUGCUGUAGGUCCACGGGGCAGCCCCACUCUCCCUUAUCUUCUUUUGCUCUGCCUUAUCUUCUCCCACGAUGAAUUUCUUUCAAAUCCUUUCUCUCAUCCACCUCAAAAUCCAUCUCUCUCUUGCUCCCUCACAAAAUCCGACGAGCUCCGGCCGGCCGUUCUCCUCUUUCCUCUUGGAUCCCCAUCCCCCUCCGGCGACGAGCUCCACACACGCCGCAGCCGCUGCAUCCCCAUCGGCUUUCUCCCCUGGCAGUACAUACGGCUGCAGCUCGCACUGCUGCAAGGGGGCGGGGCCGAGAAGGAGCGGAGUCGCUGUUGUGAGGUUGCUGCUGCUAGCCAUCAACGCCAUGGCCGCCGCCUCCCCCUCAUAUGGUCGUGGUCGUGGCGCUGGAGCAGGCGGUGGAAACGAUGGCCUCCGGUGCUACAACCGAUUUUUUUUGCUGGAGAUGACGGUGCAAGUCGACGACGGCAGCGAGCCGGAGACGAGGACGUCGGGAUGCUGCAACCAUGGUGAUGGCGCUCUGGACCCUUCUUGUUCGAGCUGCAACCAUGGUGAGUGGAGGCAGCCAAGGCGAGCACAGUGGCAUGGGUCGCCGGCGAGCGCGGAUGGCCGGCGUGGUGGCACAAGUCACCGGCAAGCUCGGGUAGCCGAGGACAAGCGAGGCGGCCGGCGAGCUUGCACGGAGUGGGGCAUGCGCGCACGCUCACUUUUUCCUGAUCUGCUUUUUCCUAUGUGUGUUGACUUUAUGGGGACGAAGUUAAUUUUAAUCUGACGGUUGAAAAAUACUCUAUCGAACGUACACGCAGCGACCGGCCCAAAAGUUGGCCGGUCCGCCGGCGCCUAUCAGCGCCCUUAUAUUUGUUCACAGAGGGAGUACAGCAUAUACUCACCAGAAACGCUAAAAGCUGAGAGGGCAGAGAUAGGUGCAGUUUUACUGUUUAGCGUUGGAGGACAGGAAUUAGGUGCAUUUUCAUCAAUGUCCUAAAAUGUUGUUGUUUCUAUGGAAACCAAAAUUAAGAUACACUCCUACGAUUGACUAGUACUGAAUUUUUUUUCUUCGUAUAUUACCUCAUUACCUUCAAGAUUUAAGCACAUUAUAAUCUCUUUCCUUGUUUCUAGAAGCAAGAAGUCAUACCCAAGCCUCUAUUGCAGGCAAGGUUUUUGCCCCAACAUUCACCCACUUGUGUGAAAGUGACCCAUGGUGAAUUGUGUACAUGGCACGUGCCCUUUUUUUGGUAUGUGGAUGUGUACAAAUGUCUUGUGUA